GGGAGAGGAGGGCGGAGAGAGUCAGGUUUCUCGCCGUAUUGGUGCUGUAGCUACCGACAUUUUGGGAUUUGGAAGUUCGACAAGUCAGAGCCGCGAGGAUGGAAUUGGCGGAAACCAUUUUGGAAGACUCCUGCCGUUGUGUCAAAUACGAAGGUGGAACGGAGAAAGAAAGCCUUUGCAUUUGUCGUUCUCUCCGCCUGGAACACUCCUCUCCCAGAUAGCUGGACAGUGUCUUCUCAUCAGUUAAAAUGUCACCUUCUAGGAAAGUCUUAAUAUCUCAAUCUAACGUAUUUCUCCAAUACUCUCUAUCAGUCUAUCUUGUUUUAUUUCCUUCACAGCUCUUAUCACUAUCUGAAAAAAUUUAUUCCUUGCCUUUAAUACACAGUAACAUAGCAUUUGUCCACUGUCUUACUCAAUUGUGUUUCCCAGUGCCUUAUGGUACUGGCUGGCAAGUAAGAGCUCAAUAAUAAGUGUUUAUUGAAUGAAUGAAGAGACGGAAGUCAAGAAUUUGGCGAAUGAGUUGCAAGAGGUUCAAAACCUAUAAAAUCAAAUAUAGCGCUGGCGCCCUCUGCAGGUGAGGGAGGAAGUAGGUGCUUUAAGAACGACCGCGGGAACUCAGGCACUUCUCGCCCAGGCAGAAGCUUUCAGACUACAACUCCUAGCAGCCACUAGGAGUCCCAGAGCUUGAUGGGAACGAUAAACCGUGACAUGAUACGUUCCUGCCCCGCCCCUCCGGUGGGUCGCCCGCGAAAUUUUAUCCUAACUGCGGAGGUCCAAUCGAAAAGUGUUCCGAAAUCCCUCGAGAGCAAGUGGCGCGUAGCAACCGACCGGGCCAAGGGCCAGCGUGCUUUCAACAUUGUCCUGGUUAGCUUCGCCUUUUGGGGGUCGUCUCCCCCCUCCCUGAAGAAGGAAGAUACAGUAUGAAGACGCCGGAGACGCCACCGUUAGCUUCAGACUGCCCGCCUUCAGACCAGGCCCCGGCUCUAGCCCGUAUCUCUUCUCAGGCUUCCCCAGUGGAUAAAAAUACGGACCCUGAACUGAUGCCACCGCCGUCCGAUGGGGAUGAUCUGCCCCACAUGUCUCCAGAUCCCAUGGCUGGCUCAGCUGUGUCCCAGGAGCCAGGGGAGGGGGACCUAGCUUCUCUCUCCACUCCGCUGGAAACAGGGUUUGGCACCCCUAGUGAGUGGAGCCCUGGAAUCAAGGAGCAAGAACUUUCUGAAAGUGUGAGCUUUCCUGCAGAAGAAACGAAUAGGCCAGAGUUGGGGUCUGAAGAAGCCAUAGAAGGUGUAUCUGAGGAACCCACUCCUGAGGAUGAAGGAUACCCCACUUGGAACUACAGCUUCUCCCAGCUACCUCAGUUUCUCAGUGGUUCCUGGUCAGAGUUUAGCACCCAGCCUGAGAACUUCUUGAAAGGCUGUAAGUGGGCCCCUGAUGGUUCCUGCAUCUUGACCAAUAGUGCUGAUAACAUCCUACGGAUUUAUAACCUGCCUCCAGAGCUGUACAACGAGGGAGAGCAGCUGGAAUAUGCAGAAAUGGCCCCUGUCCUUCGGAUGGUCGAAGGUGACACCAUCUAUGAUUACUGCUGGUAUUCUCUGAUGUCUUCAACCCAGCCAGAGACCUCCUACGUGGCCAGCAGCAGCCGGGAGAACCCCAUUCACAUCUGGGACGCAUUCACUGGAGAGCUCCAGGCUUCCUUUCGCGCCUACAACCACCUGGAUGAGCUGACGGCAGCCCACUCGCUUUGCUUCUCCCCGGAUGGCUCCCAGCUUUUCUGUGGCUUCAACCGAACUGUGCGUGUCUUCUCCACAGCCAGGCCCGGCCGUGACUGUGAGGUCCGAGCCACAUUUGCAAAAAAGCAGGGUCAGAGUGGCAUCAUCUCCUGCAUAGCCUUCAGCCCAGCUCAGCCCCUCUAUGCCUGUGGCUCCUACAGCCGCUCUCUGGGUCUGUAUGCCUGGGAUGAUGGCUCUCCUCUCGCCUUGCUGGGAGGGCACCAAGGGGGCAUCACCCAUCUCUGCUUUCACCCCGAUGGCAACCGCUUCUUCUCAGGAGCCCGCAAGGAUGCUGAGCUUCUGUGCUGGGAUCUCCGGCAGCCUGGUCAUCUAUUGUGGUCCCUGAGUCGGGAAGUGACCACCAAUCAGCGGAUCUACUUUGAUCUGGAUCCGACUGGGCAGUUUCUAGUGAGCGGCAGCACUAGUGGGGCCGUCUCUGUGUGGGACACCAGCAGAGCUGGGCAUGAGGGGAAGCCGGAGCCAGUGCUGAGUUUUCUGCCCCAGAAGGACUGCACCAAUGGAGUGAGCCUGCACCCUAGCCUGCCUCUGCUGGCCACUGCCUCUGGUCAGCGUGUGUUUCCGGAGCCCACGGAGAGUGGGGACGAAGAGGAGCAGGGUGUGGACCUUCCCCUGCUCUCCAUGCGCCACACCCACCUUGAGUGUCAGCUUCAACUCUGGUGGUGUGGGGGGAGCCCAGACACCAGUAACCCUGAUGCUCAUUAGGGUGAGAAGGGACAGACGGAGGUGGGGAUGAGUUUAUAUAAAAAGGUUUUUAUAUGUA